AUGGACGACUCGGAUCCCGUCAUCGCAUCCUACGAUGUGUACCUUACAGACUCCGAGAUUUCCAGGUUCGUUCUCCAGUACUUAGACCGAUCCGCCGAACACCCCUACGACGAGAGCCACGAACAGAAGCCGACUGCUUUCCGAUUGAAGCCGAACACAGGUCUCGUGGAGGUUGAUGUGCCGAUCCAGACACGAGUGAACUACGAUGUCAGCAAGGGACUGCGAUAUGGCGAUGCCAUGAGGAGGUCCCGCAGCGCCCGGGAUGGAGGCUCCUACGGUUUGGCUGGCGGGUUCAGCUCGGGGGCUGCUGCGGGCGGUGGGAAGGUGAAGAUGGAGGGGAACGUGGAUGUGGAAAUGGGCGAGAUGGAUAGUAAGGAGGGGUCUGAUAUUAUGCGGGUGCAGACGCUUGGAGGGCGGAUUAAGGGUCCUGAGGAUGGGGACCCGGUGUACAUGCUUGCGGCGUUCCGUGGACAGAAUUUGCACCUGUCUCCUGUUUCUGCUGUCGUGCAGUUGCACCCUCAGCUUCAUCAUAUCGAUGCUUUGGAUGAGAUACCUGCGAAGGGAAGGGGCAAGGCCCGGAAAGAGGGCGAGGAGGAGCAGACUGAGGCUCGCGCGAUUGAUGUGAAGAUCAAAGCUGCCGAGGAUGCGGAAGCGGUCAUGGUUGCGGGCAACCUGGAACUGCUUAAGAAGAUGCAAGAUGAGAAGUGGACUACGUAUGAAUGGGUGGAUGCAGAGACCGAGGAAGCAUGGCAGACGUACGAGAGCUACAUGAUCCAGCAGGAUCUGGAGAAUGUUCCGCAGCUUGAGGCGGCCAUUGAUAGCGAAGACUAUCUGGACCGGAUGAGCGCGCCUCGUAUCGACCCAGCUCGACCAGAGAUGACGGGUUGGGCGAUGAAGCAGAAUCGGAAGAGGCAAAAGGAACAAGCUGGCUCCGUCGGAGUCAAUGCGCAAGGGUGA